AUGACUGUGAAGCAGCUCCUCCUGGAGUACAUCAAGGUGAAUGAACGUGGCACCCUCUCUCCGGGGGACACCCUCUCUGGGAGAGUCACGGUAGUGACUGACAAGGAAACCAAAGUGCAGUGUUUUUUGGUCAAAGCCAAAGGUAAAGCUGAGGUGAUGUGGCCUGAACAGGAUCAGGGAACCUCAUUGGUGCACAGUGACAAGAAGACAUACUUUUAUUUUGAGGAUAUUAUUCUUCAGGAUAAAAAAGGAAAUGGUUCUAUGAUCAUCGGCCCUGGGAAAAAUAUGUAUUCGUUCACAUUUGAGAUUCCAAAUAGAGAUAUGCCUUCAUCUUACAAGGGGAAAUGGGGCAAGAUUAUAUAUAGUUUGCGGGCAAAGCUGACCCAGUCAAUUUGGCAAGUGCACAAAGCCAAGACCGAGUUUCCUUUUCUAACCAAGUCAGAGUUCCCCUUUGUCUCCAAGUCAGAGAUGAUCAUCAUUGGACUGAAGGAGCCACAAUAUGGGACCAGGAUUUCAUUCUAUGGCUCUGGAAAAGUCACUAUGAAUGUUAGCUCAGAAAAAAUGGGACUUAAGCAAGGUGAAACAAUGGAAGUUAGUGCAGAAGUACUCAACAACUCAGCACAAACAGUAACCCCUAAAUUCUUCCUCUGUGAAAAGCAGACCUUCGUUGCUCAGUCACAGAGGAUAGUGCACACAAAUGCCAUCUUGCUUGGGACAGGAGAGUCUGUUUCAGCUGCCACCAGUCGGACUGUAAGCACAGUGCUGACUGUGCCCUCACAUCUCCCUCCUACCUUCUUCAACUGCUCCAAGAUGAAGCUAGAGUACAGACAGAAGGUAGUUUUGACAUGCAGACAAAUGUAA